UUCCUGGCACCGCGUGUGACCUUCCCGCGCGAGCACCGAUGCUGCCGGCGGCCGCUCGCCCCCUGUGGGGGCCGUGUUUCGGGCUCCGGGCCGCCGCGCUCCGCCUCGCUAGGCAACAGGUACCCGCUGUCUGUGCUGCACGGCAGUUAAGGAGCAGUAGCCAUCGCAGGGGCGAGGCCCUUGCCGGCGCACCCCUGGAUGACGCCCCCAAGGAGUACCCCCCCAAGAUCCAGCAGCUGGUCCAGGACAUCGCCAGCCUUACGCUCCUGGAGAUCUCCGACCUCAACGAGCUCCUGAAGAAAACGCUGAAGAUCCAGGAUGUUGCACUUAUGCCAACAGGUGCAAUGCCAGGGGCCACCCCUGCUGCCGCCGCUGCAGCCCCUGAGGUGGCAGAAGAAGACAUCCCCAGGCAGAGAGAACGAACACAUUUCACUGUCCGCCUGACAGAGGCGAAGCCUGUGGACAAGGUGAAGCUGAUCAAGGAGAUCAAGAACUAUAUCCAGGGGAUCAACCUGGUCCAGGCAAAGAAGCUGGUGGAGUCCUUGCCCCAGGAGAUCAAAGCCAAUGUCGCCAAAGCUGAGGCUGAGAAGAUCAAGGCGGCACUGGAGGCAGUGGGCGGCACCGUGGUGCUGGAAUAGGCCUGGCUCCAAGGACUAUGGAGGGGCUCUGAGGCCCCGUUAGGCCCGCCCAGCACCUGGCAAGGCCAGGGUCCUGGGCUGCAGCACGAACUGGCACUGGAUGCCAGCCAGCCUCCAUUUGGGAGGGAGGAGUGGACCUGUGGGGGCGGGGUGGCUGCUGCCCCUGAGAGCACUGGGGGGACGGACUCAAGGAACCCCGAGUCAGCAGGUGGGCUCCUGUGUGGCUGGCGGGAAAUACACCUUUGAGACUCAGCGCGUGCAAA